AUGACGCUCAACCUCAACGACUUUGAUGUCCUGGUGUUUGAUAUUGAAGGAACCGUUUGUCCCAUCUCCUUUGUCAAGGAUGUCCUAUUCCCAUAUGCACUCGAGGCACUUCCCAAAGUCUUGGAACAAGAGUGGGACAGCCCAGAGUUUGCAAAGUAUCGUGAUGCUUUUCCCGAAGAGUACCGCAACUCGCCUUCUGACUUUGAAGCCCACGUCCACGAUCUUGUGAAGCGCGAUGUCAAGAUAACCUACCUCAAGUCGCUCCAGGGAUACCUCUGGCUGCAAGGUUACGAGUCGGGCAACAUCGUCGCUCCCCUUUUCCCAGAUGUCGAAACUUUCUUCAACGAGGCCACCCAGAGCGGAAAGAAGAUCAUCAUCUACUCCUCCGGCUCGGUCCCUGCGCAGAAGCUGCUCUUCGCGCAUACGAAUUCUGAGAAGUCAGAUAUGACACCUCUUAUCACCGAUUAUUUCGACACCACCAAUGCGGGGCCCAAGACCGAGGUCGACAGCUACAGCAAGAUCAUCUCUCAUCACCCGGAGCACAAGGACCUCAACAGAUGGCUCUUCCUAAGCGAUAACAUCGACGAAGUCAAGGCUGCUGUUGGGGCGGGUAUGCGAAGCCUGCCCGUCGUUCGUCCUGGAAACGCGCCGUUGCCGCCAAAUGAACCUCUGUCAAAAGUCGCAAUUACCGAGUUCAAGCACUCAGAAGUUGCUUCAUUAGGAGUAUGA